UUAGAGUAUUUUUUCAAGUAACCCUUAAGAAUGAUUAUUAUUAUUAACAAAAAUUUAACAGAAUUCAAAAAUGAAUAAUUAUAUAGGUAGUAAUGCUUAUGAGUAUGAGGAUGAAAUUCAAAUAAAAAAUUAAAAGGUUUUGAACAGUAAAGGAAAUACUUAAAAAUAAGCACUAUUUGAUUCUUACACAUUUGUUUUAGAUGAAUAACCAAAAUCAUAAGAUAAGAAAUAUGAUUAUGAUCUCUAUUAGAUUAUAGGAAAAAAAUUAAAUAAUCCUUACGCUAUAGACUUAUAAAAAGGAUAAACUUAAAAGGGAAACAAAACUUAUGAAAUUGAAGGGGAUAGAGAUGAUUUUCAUAAAUCAAGAAAUGAUACAACUAAAUAGUCAGUAAAUAAGACUUAUUAUUAUAGAAUCUAUUAUUAACUUAUGAUGAUGACUAUUAAAGAAUAACAUAAUCAUUUGGAGUAGAUGAAAGUGUUGACUCAUUAUCAUUAGAGGAAUAUGACUACUAUGAAGAUAUUAAUUGUAAGAGAUGAUUAUAGCAG